CGUAAACAAAACAUAAAAAAAAUUUGAGUGAUUUGUAUUUCUCAAUAAUUCUCAAAUUAUAUUAGCCAUAAUCACAUUUAAAUAAAAACAACAAAAUGGCAGAACGUAUAAUUCCAAUAGAAAUGGAAGAUGAUGAUAAUUCUAACGAUGAAUCUGGUACUAAUAGUACUAUAGUAAAUACUAAUAAAGAAGUGAAGAGUUGUGUGGAAAAUUCCAAAGAAGAUAAAUCAAACCAUAAAGAAAGUUCUCCAGAUAAUGAGAAAGGGCAAAAGCUUGUCAUUUUAAUAAAACCUAUUUCCAAAAAUAAAGAUUUAGAAGAAAAUCUUAAAAAAUACGAUGUUUUUGAAGAACGUAGCAAAUUUUCUUUGCCAAACAUAAAUGUACCUGAAAAAAUUAUUUUAGUUAUAGAUAGAGCCCAAGACGAAAAUUGCACCAAUUUUGCAGAAGCAAACGGUAAAUACACACCAUUGUCAAUGCUCAGAAAGUCUUUACAUUUGUUUGUAAAUCUGAAACAUGCAAUUAAUAAGAAUCAUGAGUUUGCUAUUGUUCUUCUGAACGAAAAUACUGCUACAUGGUCACUACCUUUCACUAGUGAGUUGAGAAAAGUAAAUAAUUGUAUUGAAAAAAUAACACAGUGUGAAGUUGAAGAUACAUUUAACAUGAAUUUAGUCUUUGAAGAAAUUUUACCCAACAUUAAGAUACCUCAAGAUGAAAUCGCUCCACCUUAUAUCAUUCGUACAAUAAUGUGCUAUGGAAGAUCAUACACAAUACCAGAAAUUAAUUUCUCAGAAGAAAUUGUGAAAUUGUUGGACAAUCCGUUUUUUAUUUGUGAUAUACUAAUGACCCAUGAACCCGUUGAUAAUAGUAAUUAUUGUAGUAAAAUAUUUGAAUGUUUACAGAAUAUAGAUCGAAAAGGUAUAUCAUACUUUUUUCCAGUGGGCAGAAGUGCUUUAAGGUUGCAUAACUCAAUGGCAAAAUUACUAGGACAUGGUUUACAAAGACCUUUUCAAACAUUUCAAAAAGAGUAAAUAGUUCUUUCAGAAUAAUUGUGAGCUAUAUAUUUAUAAUUUAAAGACAAUGUGUUAAUGUAUAUAUUUAAAAAUUACUGAUAAUCUGUAUAAUUUUUCACUCCUAUCAUUACAAAUUUC